AUGGAGUGUCUCUUGGGUUUCGCAUCUUCUCUUUCAAGAGAUUUAGUAUGUGGAGCAUUAAAUCAAUUACGUUAUCCUUGUUGCUUUAACAAUUUCGUCAAAAGGCUCGAACAAGAAGAGAGCGAUUUGAUUAUAACGAGGGAUAGUGUCCAAAAAUUUGUUGCGCAGAGCAAGAAACAAACGAAAAAACCUAGUGAAAUUGUGGACAAGUGGCUGGAAGAUGCUAACGAUGAUGUACACAAUGUGAAUCAGUUGCUGAAAGAGGCAAAAACAAAAAAUCAUUGUUGCUUUGGGCACUGCCCAAAUUGGAUUUGGCGAUACCAUAUUGGAAAAAAGUUAGCAAAUAAAACUAUGGACCUCGAAAAGUUCAUUGAAAGUGGUAAAAAAUACGUGCCAUUUGACCGGAUCACUACGCUUCCUUCAAACACCCUUGAUAUUCUUUUGGAAAAAUGCAUGAAUUUUGAGAGUAGACAAUCGGCAUAUGAGCAACUAUUGGAUGCAGUGAAAAAUAAAGAUGUUUCCAUGAUUGGGUUGUAUGGGAUGGGAGGUUGUGGUAAAACUACAUUAGCAAUGGAAACCAGGAAGUUCGUUGAAGCAGAACAUCUUUUUGACAAAGUUCUUUUUGUGCCUAUUUCUAGUACAGUGGAAGUUCGAAGUAUCCAAAAAAAAAUUGCAAGUUCAAUACAGUUUGAAUUUCCAGAAGCUGAAGAAAUGGAAAGAGCCCAAAGAUUAUGCUUGAGAUUAACUCAAGAGAAAAAUAUUUUUAUAAUACUAGAUGAUGUGUGGGAGAAGCUUGACUUUGGUCGUAUUGGGAUUCCUUCUUCUAAACCCGGCUGCAAGAUUCUCAUUACCACUAGAUCAGAUUCAGUUUGUUCUUUAAUGGAUUGUCAAAGAAAGAUUUACUUGCCAGUUUUAACGGAGGAAGAAGCAUGGACUCUUUUCCAAAAUAAAGCAUUUAUAUCAGAAGGCACCCCUGAUACCUUAAAGGGUCUGGGAAGAUUAAUUUCCAAUGAAUGUAAAGGAUUGCCGGUUGCCAUUGCAGCUGUUGCUUGUAGUUUAAAGAGAAAAGAAGAGCCGGAAUGGAGGGUUGCAUUGGAUAAAUUGAAGCAUUCUAAGCCAAUAAAUAUUGAAAGAGGUUUGACUGAUCCCUACAAGUGCUUGCAGUUGAGCUAUGAUAAUUUGGAUACUGAAGAAGCUAAAUCACUUUAA